GGCACUGCUCACUUGGAUUUGCUGACGUCAUGCAUGGCUUCGAUUCGCGCGCCUGUUUUCAGUGUGGACGAUGAUGACAGCAUCGCGAGCACUGUGGAAGACACGGACCCGCUCGAGGCCGAGAACCUUCCGCAGAGUCGUGAGGCGCAGGUUAGCCUGGCGCCGGAGGCUCUGGCGCCGUACAGCGAUCGCCUGCAGAGCGCGCGGAAGCUGGCGGAAGAGCUGCGCGCCAAGGAGCCUUUGCUGGGCUCCGGCGCUCGCACGGUCAAGGAAAACCCCGACUUCGUUCAGACCUUCUUCAAGGCGAGCCGGCUGCACUUCAUUGGCGUGUGGCGGGAGCGCUAUGAGGAGAUUCUGGACAGUCUGCCGCCGGCGCCCAAGCAGACCAAACCGCCGGAGGUCUUCAUGCACAUCGACAUGGACUGCUUCUUCGCCAGCGUUGCAACGCUGGGCCGGCAGCACAUCUUUGCUGGUCUGCCAGUGGCGGUAGCCUGGGGCACGGGCAGCAGCUCAGAGAUCUCCUCGGCCAACUACGCGGCGCGCGCGGCAGGUGUGCGAGCCGGCAUGUGGGCGGGAGAUGCGCUGAGGCGAUGCCCCGACUUGGUGAUCAUGCCCUACGAGUUUUCCACCAUCAUGGAGGUGGCGGAGAAGUUCUAUCGGACUGUGCUGGAGAGCACUCCCUACGUCCAAGGCAUCUCCUGUGACGAGGUCUUCGCAGAUACCACGAAGCUCUGUGAGGCCCAGGAUGUGGAGUCUCUGCGCAGCGCGGGGCAAAGGAUCCGCGACGCGAUCUUCGCCCGCACGGGAUGCCGGGCCUCGGUGGGGGUGGCCAAGAAUCGGCUGCUGGCGAGGCUGGCCACGAAGCAGGCGAAGCCGAGCCCUGGGUGCCCGAGCUGCCAGCGGGGAAGCCGCUGCUUGGAGCACCCAGGCGUAUGUGUCCUGGAGAGCGCACAGCUCUUGGAGGAUCUCCCAGUCCGGGACUUGCCGUCGGUGGGCCCGGAGAGUGAGAAACAGCUCCAUGACGCAGGAGUCUUCACCGUGUCACAGCUGCGGAACACAGCGCUGCCAAAGCUGCAGCAACUCUUUGGCCCCAAGCAGGCCCGGUGUUUGCAUGCCCUCAGCCGGGGCUUGGACGAGCGGCCCUGGGACCCCCGACCCUCACGGAAGAGCGUGGGCGCGCAGAUCGCCUGGGGCGUGCGCUUUGAGAGCUGGGACAAGCUGCAGGCCUUCGUCGUGGAGCUGACGGAGGAGGCCUUCCGACGCCUGCGGCGGCACUCGAAACGGGCCUCCUCGAUCACCGUGAAGGCCUGGCGCGCUCGGCCGGACGCGCCCCACCUCAACGGCGUGGGCAGUGGCGGCUGCGACGUGAUCUCCCGGUCGGCACAGCUCCGCGUGGACGCGGCGGAUGCGAAGUCGGUGCAGCUGGGGCUGGCAGAGGCCUGGCGGCUGUUUGGGUGCACGCAGGCGCAGCCCGAGGAGGUGCGCGGAGUGGGAGUGCACCUGACACUGGCGGCACCCGGCACCUUGGAGGCUGCUGGAAAGGUGCCAGCGGCGCUGAGCGCGAAGUCUCGGAUCAUCCUACAUUUGGAUGUGGACUGUUUCUUCCUGUCGGUGCAUCGGCGCUAUGACCCAUCGCUCAAGGCGGAGGGCUUGGUGCUGUGGCAGUACAACGACGUUAUUUGCAUCAGCCCUGAAGCCAAGGCGGCUGGGGUGCGGAAGCACAUGCGGCCCUCGGAGGCCCAGCGUUUGGUUCAGCCCAUCGGUGGGCAGUUGGUGCACGCCUUCACCCGGCGCUGGCCUGGGCCGCGGGUGUGGUACGGCCCCUACCAGUCGGUGAGCCGCGAGAUCUUCGCAAAACUACAGGAGAUCCUGGCUCGCGAGAAUGUGUCCUUCGUGCUGGAACGAAUCAGCGUGGACGAGGCGUUUCUGGACGUCACAGGAUCCGUCGCCAGCCUGGCCCACGCGGCGGAGCUGGCGCAAGACCUGGCGCGCGAGUUGAAGUCCUCCGUGGGGGUUUCGCUCAGCGCGGGGGUGGCCUGCAACAAGCUGCUGGCGAAGCUAGGCUCGGUGGCGGCCAAGCCGCCCAAAGGCAGCGGCUGCUGCGUGGUGGACUCCCCGCAGGCCGCGCAGCGCCUGCUGGCGGCCACCCCCGCGCCGCGCGUGCCCGGCCUCGGCGCCAAGGCCCCGCAGCUGGAGCAGCUCCAGGUGGACACGGCUGCAGACCUGCAGCGCUUCGAUAGCUCAGAGCUCGCCCAGGCACUAGGCCUUGCAGAGGACAGCGCCGCGCGGAUCCGUGAGUUGGCGGAGGGCAAGGAUGAGGUGGCGGUGAAAGCGGUGGAGCCCAAGAAGAGCUUGGUGGUCACCUCCUGGCUCUCGGAUGGGUACCUCCAUGAGCUCGCUACCAAGACAGGCGCCGAUGCCCAGUCUGUGACUGUGGGCGAUGGCUGGGUCUUCCACCCCCAGUUGGGCAAGGGGGUCACCAAUCUCACCCGCGUCCGAUGGCUCCUGCUGGCCCUCGUUCUGGACCUCGAGGAGCGGACAGUCCAAGAGUAUCUGGAGCACAAGAUGCUGCCGACAAAGCUUUGUGUGAGCUACCAGGGCCCAGGUUGGCGCAAGGAGCCGGGCCCAGGGUCCACAGACGGCAAGAGCUGCAGCCGCAGCGGCGGUUUCCCCACCGACGCCUUCCGAGGCCUUACGCCGGAGGAUGGCAAGGUGGCCGGGCAGAUUCAGAUCGGCAGCUCCGACAUGGCGGCGCACGCGCCCGCCAGCCCGGCGGCAGCGGCGCGUGAGGCGCCGGCGGCGUAUCGGCACCCAGUGUAUGGGACCGAGUUUCUGACGCUUGCAGGCGCCUCGGCCGUGCUCUCCGACGGCCCGGAGAUCCUGCAGGGCCGCCGGGGCGAGCGCGUGGGCAGAGUGGUGGAUGCGGCUUGCGGCAUCCUCAGCCGUUGGGCCGGAGAGUUUCCAGACAAGGUGCCGCUUGGCAAGCUCACGUUGACUGCGAGCUGCAUGAUGGACGCAGGAUCCAAGCCUUCGCCCCAGAAGCGGCGCUCGCAGACGACGUUGGCAGAUUGCUUCAAGAAGACAAAACUCGACGCUUCUCCGGCGCCUAGGGCGCCGCCGGUGCCACAUUCAGCGUUUUCGGUGCCUGCGUUCGAGGUGAGUGACAGCGAGUGAGAGAGCCCUCGUGUUUCACGCCUUAUGUUGGCAGCGCAUGCCGAGCCGUUUGGCUGUGUCUCCAGCUUGGCCCCGGUCCCGGGAGCGCAACAUCAUGGGUUCUUUGCC